UUAGCCUACUCAAUUUUGUAUCAGAUAAGUCAGAAGUCAGAAGAUAAGACAUCACAAAUCUUCGUGAGGAUAGCAAGUGAUAGUGAUAGUGUCAAGUUAAUUGGCUUAAGUAUCAAAAUUCUCAGUGUUAAAAACUCAUUCCAACUUUAUUUUAAUUUAUGUUUUUAUUUCAGUACAUUUAAAAGGUAUAUAUACAGAUUUCUUCUGAAGUAACUAGGCUAAUUAAGAAGGAAACAGGAUUUUUCAGGACAUUUAAUCGUUCAGUGAAACAAAUAAUCAGUAACACUAAACAUCUGAUCUCUUCUUCAGGCUUGACUAAUGACGUUCCGUGAGAGCAAUAGUAACCAUGACAGCAUACACAGCUCCUUGAGUAUGGGCAAUCUGGCACAGCUGGAGAGAACAACUGUAGAGGGCUCAAGAAUCAUCAGAGAUAACUUAAACAGUGUUUUUGAAGAAUUACGACCAUUGGUUCAGCCAAGGUUGGAAUCCUCUCAGAGUGCUUCUCGUAUCACUCUCUCCAACUGGAUCCAUAGCAGAUCUACUUCGAUGUCGGCUCCCACCAUCGGCUCAAGAAAUGACAUGGAGUCGUUUGUGAUCAAUCUAGAGACAGAUGAGCGGGAUAUCGGAGGGCCCGGUGGUAGUGGAACCAAUAGAGGGAGCUUGGACGGGAGUUCUGUUGACACAAGCAAUACCUCUCAGUCUGCGCCCUCUGUCCCCUCCGGCACUGUCCUUCCAGAGCCUGAGGCCAACAACAAUGCUCCUGCUGAUGAGAAUGUGGCUGACCUACUAGCUCUAAGUCCAGAAGCAAGCUCAUUUUUGAGAGUUGUUAAAAAAUACCUUCCAUUUGUAGUAAUUUUACUGGCUAAAACCAUCUACGACUACAGUCCAGCCAUUCUCUUGUUCAUUGGAUUGUAUGGCACCUUCGCCUUCUAUAACAGCCGUGUAAGGGCAGAGAUCGCUCAGCACUCCCAACGAAAUGUUACAUUCCUUAUCUCUGCAAUUAUACAUCUUUUAAUUACCAUUUGUGUCUUUUACUAUCUUUAUGAUAAGUGGAAGCUUUACUUGAGCUUGGUGUUCAUUCCACCAUACGUGCAGCCUCUGACAGUCUCUGAUUUACUCUGGCUAGUAGCAGUUACAGACUUCAUCCUCAAACUGAUCACCAUUAUCAUCAAGAUUCUACUUACUCUUAUCCCUCACUCGUGGUUUGAAACAAAACGGAGGGGGAAAUGGUACCUUGCGAUCGAGACAACGUCACAAUUGUACCGCAGCCUGGUCCCCAUUCAGCCGUGGUUGUACUACCUACUGGAGUCGUAUCAGGGACCACAGAAGGUGGUAGGUGUCUUCCUGUCUGCAGCAUACAUGGUGUCCAAGGGAGCGGACCUCAUGAGCCGAGCCCGUGCGUGGUGGGCUUCAGUGCUCAAACUGCUUCAAAAUGUUCAACUUGGAGUGAGUCCUACCAAAGAGCAGUUGAGCACUGCCGGUAGCACCUGCCCUAUCUGCCACGAUGACUACGACAAGCCAGUGUUGCUGUCAUGUAGACACGUCUUGAACAGAGUUCAUCUUUGUUUCAGCAACUUGGAGUGAGUCCUACCAAAGAGCAGUUGAGCACUGCCGGUAGCACCUGCCCUAUCUGCCACGAUGACUAUGACAAGCCAGUGUUGCUGUCAUGUAGACACGUCUUGAACAGAGUUCAUCUUUGUUUCAGCAACUUGGAGUGAGUCCUACCAAAGAGCAGUUGAGCACUGCCGGUAGCACCUGCCCUAUCUGCCACGAUGACUACGACAAGCCAGUGUUGCUGUCAUGUAGACACGUCUUGAACAGAGUUCAUCUUUGUUUCAGCAACUUGGAGUGAGUCCUACCAAAGAGCAGUUGAGCACUGCCGGUAGCACCUGCCCUAUCUGCCACGAUGACUACGACAAGCCAGUGUUGCUGUCAUGUAGACACGUCUUGAACAGAGUUCAUCUUUGUUUCAGCAACUUGGAGUGAGUCCUACCAAAGAGCAGUUGAGCACUGCCGGUAGAACCUGCUCUAUCUGCCACGAUGACUACGACAAGCCAGUGUUGCUGUCAUGUAGACACGUCUUGAACAGAGUUCAUCUUUGUUUCAGCAACUUGGAGUGAGUCCUACCAAAGAGCAGUUGAGCACUGCCGGUAGCACCUGCCCUAUCUGCCACGAUGACUACGACAAGCCAGUGUUGCUGUCAUGUAGACACGUCUUGAACAGAGUUCAUCUUUGUUUCAGCAACUUGGAGUGAGUCCUACCAAAGAGCAGUUGAGCACUGCCGGUAGCACCUGCCCUAUCUGCCACGAUGACUACGACAAGCCAGUGUUGCUGUCAUGUAGACACGUCUUGAACAGAGUUCAUCUUUGUUUCAGCAACUUGGAGUGAGUCCUACCAAAGAGCAGUUGAGCACUGCCGGUAGAACCUGCUCUAUCUGCCACGAUGACUACGACAAGCCAGUGUUGCUGUCAUGUAGACACGU